CUCUCCCCUCUUCUUCUCACACCCUCUUCACACAAUGGCCUCCCGUGGACUUCCCCGUGCCCUCCGCCUGGCCCGCGUCUCGGCCCCCCGGUCCGUCGUGACUGCUGCUCUCCCCCGUCCCUCCCUGGCCAAGGCUGCCUCCGCCGCUCUCCCCCGUGUGACCGCCACCCCCGUCGUCCCCUCCCGCGGUGUUAAGACCAUCACUUUCGCCGAUGACAAGGAGACCGUCUACGAGCGUGAGGACUGGCCCCGCGAGAAGCUCCAGGAGUACUUCAAGAACGACACCCUUGCCCUGAUCGGCUACGGCUCCCAGGGUCACGGUCAGGGUCUCAACCUCCGUGACCAGGGUCUGAACGUCAUUGUCGGUGUCCGUAAGGAUGGUGCUUCCUGGAAGGAGGCCAUCCAGGACGGCUGGGUUCCCGGCAAGAACCUGUUCGAUGUCACUGAGGCCGUCAAGAAGGGUACCAUCAUCAUGAACCUGCUCUCCGACGCUGCUCAGUCCGAGACCUGGCCCACCCUGAAGCCCCUCAUCACCAAGGGCAAGACUCUCUACUUCUCCCACGGUUUCUCCCCCGUCUUCAAGGACCUCACCAAGGUCGAUGUUCCCACCGACGUCGACGUCAUCCUCGUCGCCCCCAAGGGUUCCGGCCGUACCGUCCGUACCCUCUUCCGUGAGGGCCGUGGUAUCAACUCCUCCGUCGCCGUCUUCCAGGACGUCACCGGCCAGGCCAAGGAGCGCGCCAUUGCCAUGGGUGUCGCCGUCGGUUCCGGCUACCUCUACGAGACCACCUUCGAGAAGGAGGUCUACUCCGACCUCUACGGUGAGCGUGGUUGCCUCAUGGGUGGUAUCCACGGUAUGUUCCUCGCUCAGUACGAGGUCCUCCGUGAGCGUGGCCACUCCCCCUCCGAGGCCUUCAACGAGACCGUCGAGGAGGCUACCCAGUCCCUCUACCCUCUCAUCGGUGCCAACGGCAUGGACUGGAUGUACGCCGCUUGCUCCACCACCGCCCGUCGUGGUGCCCUCGACUGGUCCAACCGCUUCAAGGACAACCUGAAGCCCCUCUUCAACGAGCUCUACGACAGCGUCCGUGAUGGCUCCGAGACCAAGCGCUCGCUCGAGUACAACUCCCAGAAGGACUACCGCGAGAAGUACGAGAAGGAGAUGCAGGACAUCCGUGAUCUCGAAAUCUGGCGCGCCGGCAAGGCCGUUCGCUCCCUCCGCCCCGAGAACCAGAAGUAAAUCUAUUCAUAAUGUGUUAUUAGCAUAUCCCCGGUGGGAAAAGUUACGGUGUACCAUGAUCUAGGGAAUUGUUUUCAGUCGAGUUUCUUAUUUUUACUGGGUUGUAUAUCGGGCCGGAAUAAAAUUUUUCUUAUUCUUUCUUCAUCUUCUUUCCUCAAUUGAGUAUCGAUUGUAGUUGUGUGGAGUGGCAGUUGUAGGAAAGAGGCAGUCAUGAGUCAUCGAUUUAGGAAAAUUGCAACGGGCGGCAGAUCAUCCGGGGCCAGAUUUCCCCGCGAUCCGAUCUGCAUUGACGAUGACUUUUUACCAAGGACAUUGUCAUGAUUUACAUUUUUUGCUGAGUAUUAAUUUAAUUGAUGUCUGGAGACCCUUGGAAGGAGG